UCCGCGAGCAAGGUUGCUUAUAAGCUUCACCACGCCCGCCAUGCACGCCGCCCUCCUCUGCUCCUGCUGCAUUGGUGAUGGUAAUGCGAGAAAGAGGCUAAUUUGAGCGACGAUCGAAUCAAGAAGGACUCGGGCAGCAGCACGACAGCCUUUGUGCAGGACAAGGCUCGUCCAAGGCACGACAGCCACGAGCUUCUCUGCAAGUGGCACGGAAAGCUUGACUGCACUUGGCACCCGGCGAACGACAUCAUCGGCAGCGACAGAUGCGAUAAGGACCGCCUCUCUGCAGCCUCCGCCGUCGUCUUGUCGUCGCAACCAUUCCGUUGUCGCCUUGGCACCACAUCCUGCCGCAACACCCCCAACCACAUCCCUCUACUCACCGGCGGCCAGCCGACCGCGUCGCAUGCUCGCGACGGCGCCCACCCGCCACACCGCUGCCCGACACCGACGCGCCUGCGUGCGCCGUCUGCCUUAACCUGCAGCGCGGAGGAUAAUGCCAGCGACUCCGGCGCGCAAUCCCUCGAAUACGCCCAGCACCGCCAACUCCACCCCCAGCUCCGGACGACGACUGCUCUCGCGCAUCACCUCGCCCUUUGCCUCCAAGUCGCGCAAGCUCACCGACUUCUACAUCUCCGUCGAUGACCCCCACCGCUCCUACGCCCAGGGCGAUUCGGUAACAGGCUGCGUCAAUCUCAAGGUCGUGCAACCCAUCCGCGUCACCCACGUGGUUGUCUGCUUGCACGGCUUUGUGCAGGUCUACAAGAAUCCAGGCUCGCCGCCUGCAGACGGAUAUCGGGCAACAAGCGCGCAUAUUGGCACGGGCAAAGGCAGCAAGGGCGGCGAGUACUUUGGCAAUGGCUUUGCCUCAUUGUUCGAGGAUGAGGUCGUGCUGUGUGGAGAUGGCAAGCUGGGAGAGGGCGUAUACCAGUUUCGCUUCGAUUUGCUGUUCCCCGAACGCGACUUGCCCAGUAGCAUAUCUUUUGAACGCGGAACCAUAUCCUACAUGAUCACCGCCACCCUGACGCGACCGACCACGAUAUCGCCUACCAUACAAUGCGAUCACAAAGUCUACCUCGUCGAGAGGAUCGACAUUUCGCAGAUGUUGCCUCCGAAAGCCCGAACCAUCACAUUGGAGCCUGUUUCGCGGCGGACCAAGGCCAAAACACAGGCUAGGAAGUUGGCGGACAGUGCCGACCGCAAGACACGAAAGAAUGGCAGCACAUCCGGCGAGCUGCAGCGGCGUAGCAGUCAAUCUUCCUCCGCAGUCAGCUCCCAUCCCGAUGGCUUCGAAGGCCUGCCACAGAGUCCCGCAACCACCGACGACAGCUUCGACAGUAUACGAAGUAGCAGCGCCGGACGCCCUUCCCAGCAAGACUCCAAUGUUGCCUCAUCACGACAGAGCGAUGGCGAAGCUGCUCAUCGCACCAUCACAGCCACCGUAGAAUCAUUGACCGGCGGGGUGUUGCGAGGGGAUAGCAUCCCUGUCAAAGUGCAUGUGCAUCACACCAAGCAUGUCAAGAGUCUGCAUGGUGUCAUUAUCACGCUUUAUCGCCAAGCUCGAGUCGAUCUCCACCCUGCCAUACCGUUGGGCCCUACAGAGAAGGGCAAAGAAGCCAAGUAUGAAGAUUACUACCCCAAGUCCGUGACUGGUCUUGGCGGCUUAUCCUUGUCCGGAGCUGGGUCCAGUCACAUGUUUCGCAAAGACUUGUCGCAAACCAUCAUGCCUUUGAUCAUCGAUCCUGGGUCCUUGACUGCAGAAGUCACUGGUAAGGUUCAUGUACCCGAAGAGGCCUUCCCAACCAUCUCCUCUGUACCAGGAGCCAUGAUCAGCUUUCGGUAUUAUGUGGAGAUUGUGCUCGAUAUCCAGGGGAAGCUGUCGACUCAAGAUCGCAAUCUGGGAAACUUGGGAGGACUGGCCAGCACCGUACUGCAAGGCCACAGCGCCGACAGCAUGGGAACGGAAAGGUCAGGUGUCCAUCCUUUUAGUGCUCCAGUCAUCGAUACUGCAGCUGUACGGCGAGAUAAGGGUGUCGUGGCGUGCACUUUCGAAGUUGUCGUUGGUACGAGAGACAAUGCGCGGAAAAAGGGUAAGCGGAAGGUGUCUAUCCCGGAGGAGCCAGAAAUGGAGGCGACACCUACACAGCAUCCAGAACAGCAAGCUGAUGCACAAGCUGGAGCGACGUCCCAACCAGAAGGUGGCUGGCAGGACGAUUACUGGAAUCAUGCCGGGAACGGCUACGGUUACGGCCAGCAGUACCCGCACAGCCCUUACGCAUACAACGGCUACGACUGGCAUGGGUACAAUGGGUAUGGAUAUGGUCACUACGACUACCCUCCCCAUACGCAUUACGUGGAACCUCCGCCGCCGAUACCGAUACCGCAAGUCGAGGACGAAUCGCAGUUAUCCGAGAAGGAGAGGGUGAGACGAGCAGAACAGCGGCUGCUACCCAGUCAGCCUCCAGGAGUCGAAGAUGGCGCAGGACCACGCUCUCAUGCUGCAACGGCACCACAUCUACCGGAUGAAUUGCCCAAUGGACACGGUCCAUCAGCGCCGCGGCCUGCCUUGCUCACACCCCCUGCUUAUGGGUCCAACAGUGCCACGCCCAUCAACGGCAUGUUAUCUGUCGACUAUGCUCGAUCAAUACCAUUGCCGCGAACACCGGAUUAUGAGCCUCGAGAAGCAGACACAUUAUCUGCUUUUUCCGCAACUCCCACGCCUACAGUCGCGGCCCCUUUGCCUCCCACCGACGACAAAGCCGAACUGCAAAGGCGGCAACUAGAACGAGAGGCUUCAGCGCCUCCCAUGGACGAUAGUCCCGAGGACGCUGGUCCGAGCAGCAGCAACAGCAGAGCCCUUCCCGUACCCAGCGCGCCCGCUUUGACGAACGAAGACUUGUACGGCAGUGACGAUGAUGAUAUGCACCACGCGAGUGUGUCAGAUCAGUCGGUUCUACCGAGAUAUGAACGAUAACGAAAUAUGCGGCGUUUUGAGGUGUUCAUUUUGCUUGUUUCUCUGGUGAUGAAACAUGUCUUUGGGAUUUCUCGGAGGGUUCUGUGGCAUCUGGUUGAUAGAUGGGGGAAGGCUAUAAGGUACGCUGAACAAAGGACUGUGUUGGCGCAGAAGAGAAAAGUCUUUUGAGUUUGAGAGUGGCUCGUGUGGCCGAUGAUGGAGUGAGGAGGUCAAUGUUGAGCAGUGAUACCAAGUAGGAGCAGAAGG